AUGCAGCUCACUCUUACCCUCUUAUCUAGCCUCGCCCUUGUAACUGGUGCGCUUGCUGUUGAAAACCCACUGUCUUUUACGACCUGGGCUUGCAACAAUUGCGCGUCUCCAGCUGAUACGGUCAAUGGCCCUUGUGCUAGAACCGAUCACCAGAUCAAGCAAAGCGACCUUUGCACCACAAACCCCCCCUUGACCAACCAAGGCAGUCUUGUCGUGGACUUCGCCAAACCCGGAUGCACGCUUUUCCUCUAUGGCAACUCCAAGUGCGAGGGUGACGGUGAUCAAAUAUUUGGCUUUGUAGGCUCGAAUGUUUGCAGACCUAUUGUGUUCGGCGCUCGCGCUGCGUACAAAGUCAUCUGCUCCUAA